UGAUUGAAGACGAGGUACGCCAGUUGUGUUUCGACGCUGCUUCGAGUUGAACCAGUUACUGUUCCAUAUUUUCUGUAAAAUGUGUUGUUAGUUCUGAUACGAAGACAUUUACUUUUUUAAAUAAAUUUCUUAUCGGAUUAUCGUUAUUCUUCGAUACAUAUAAAAUAGCGAGUUGUUUAAUGCUCAAUUUAAUUCUUCUCAAAGUAAAGAGUGCUAUUGGAUGUAGUUUUUGAUAGUUUAAAGUUUCUUAUGAUUCCAGUGCUUACUUUCAAUGUAGUCAAAAUAUAGUCAAUGAUUGUAAAAUAAGACGUUGAAAAGUGUCUCUACUCUUUACAGAUUGUCGUCGAAGUUUGGUUGUCUCAAAAUUGAACAAUGACGAAACAAUCUGUUUUUUCUUCUUCUUCAGUUUAUGAUGGCAGACUUUUACUUCAUAAUUUAUGAAACCGUACUUUAAAUAAAAUAUGUUAAUAUUAAAAGUGUUUAGUGCUAAUUCUUAAUUUAAAUAUUAACUGAGAUAAACUAUUACCUUCAAUAAUUAUUAUUAGAUCCGAAACUAAUCUAAAUACUUUUCUUCUAAAUUGAAAAUAUAUUUUUUCGACUAUCAUCCAAAAAUAUUAUAUUACUAUUAUUUAUAUCUGUGCUUCAUAUAAAGGUAUUUUUUUUAAAUAAUUGUUUGAGGUGAUUAUUUUGGUUAUAAGAGGUAACAGACAAUAGAGAGGAUAAUAAUUGAAGGAAAUUAAUGAAGUAAAAUACAUAAAAGAUAUGUUGUGAGUUUUAUGAAUAAUUGUCAAUAAUUUACAAAGCAUUCGAAUGUUAUAUUUAAUCGACAGUUUUUCUGUUUUAUCGACUUCAAUAUUUCUUCAUAAAAUAUUUGUCACGUGUUUAUUAUAAGCAAUGUACGCAUACAUUGAUAACGCUAUUGAUAACAUUUUUAUCGUAAAAUUUAUCUAUUUCUUCCUCAACUGAUAGAAUUAUUAUUGAGUAUCUAGUCGAUAUUCAAAGUAUAACGAUCAGAAUCUGUAUGGAUGUUCGAAUAUUUUCGUGUCUCAGUAAAGGUGUUUCGUAGAAGUAGAAUGUCAUCUUAAUAAUAAAGAGAUCAACGGAACAGUUGACUCAUUGCAGUACGGCGACGUUAGAGGAAAUCCUGGAUAAUUCGGACGGAGUAACGACACGAACUGUCUCCGAGAAGAUCAUGAGUAUCUGUAAAAAUACCAUACGUUGGGUGCUCUUUCUGGAUAUAUUACUUGCUUUAUCAGUCUUUGUACUUCUAGCAGUAUUGGAAUUUGGGACAGUUCCGCAACAACAUAUCGGCUUUUACUGUAAUGAUCCAAAAAUUUCAUUCAAGUUCAUGGGAGAUACGAUUUCUAUUACACUUUUGAUAGUUGGAUGUCUGUUAAUACCGAUCAUCGUGAUGUGGCUGUCUGAAUUCAUAUGCUACUCUGCAGAUAGCUAUGAUGCAGAAUUAGGAUACGCUGGUUCAAGAGCAAAACAAAUAUGGUUGUGGUAUGGUCACUAUUCGAUCGGAAUAAUUGCCUUAACGUUUAUAUGUGAUGUUAUGAAAACUCUGAUAGGCGAACCAAGACCACACUUUUUGGAUACGUGUAAACCACGAGAGGCAGAGAAUUGCACUAAUGAAUAUGUGGAAAAAUAUACGUGUACAAAUACAGAACAUUCAGAAUGGUUUGUCUCGGAUUCUAGCAAAUCAUUUCCAUCUGGCCAUUCUGCCCUCUCUAUGUUCACAACUACUUUUAUUGUGUGGUACUUACAACGCCGUUUACCAGAUCGGACGUUUUUCCUAAAACCGUGGUUACAAUGUAUAAUAUUCUUGUGGACUGUGAUAUGCUCAUUAACAAGGAUCGGUGACAACAGACAUCAUUGGUGGGAUGUACUUGCAGGCAUCAUUUUGGGUUUCGCUUUUAGCAUGUUGACUGUUGUAGUGCCAUGCCGUAAGUUUCAUUUAAAUCAAAACGUCUCACAAAUAUAUAGUGAGCCUGUAGAAAGUGAACAAAUUAAUUUCAACGAGAGAAAACAAAACGCCAAGAAACUUCUACAUGAAACAAUAAUUGAUCCUUCGGAAAGUCGUGAAUUAAAGAACAUUAAAUCAUCAACCUGGAGAGAAUAAAACUUAACACAUCAAAAUAUCUGAUAAGAGAAGAUUGAAGAGGAAUUAUAAAUGUUUUGUUGUAUAAAUGUCCAAAAUUUUUAGUAGAAUUUUACGCCUUAUACAAAGUGUUUGAAAGAUGACAUGCCUAUUAUAUUUAAAAAAUUUAGUUCUUCAUGUGGUUGAUAAUGUAUUCAUAAAAUAUUCAAGAAGAAAGGGUUAUAUUUUGUAGUUUAAUUGACAAAUAUUUUGUUGUAAGUAUUUAACCAAUGUAUAUAAUUAUUAUAAUUUGGUAGUGAUAUUAUAUUUACGAUCUGCGUUUAUCAAAAUAAUUUUUAAAAAGCUAGACCGUAACAUCAAAUGUUUAUUAAUUGAACUGUAUUAAUCGGACAUAUCUACAUUGUACAUGUGUGAUUUUAGUUAAUUAUUCAUCAUGUUCAUAUUUAUAAUAUUAGACGGUAAAAAAUGAUAAUGAAUUCUGUUUUCUUGUUUAGAGACGGAUAAUAUCUUGUUUGAAAGUAGGAACUUCUUUUCCACUGUUUGACAAUACUAUUAGUUAAUAACUAUGUCAAAUAGGAUAGCAGAGCUGGAAAGAUGAUUAACGGAACGGAUAACGGGUAAGGGAAGGGCAAGGGAUGUACAUAGGUACAUACUUACAUAGUGCUUUCUAUCGCUCACACGCAAUCCUAUAUGGUCUUAUUUGUAUUUGGGAUAUUUUCGGUCAAUACGCUUGCUUAUCUUUAUAAUUGUAUCAGGUCUAUCAGAAAUAAUGAAUGAGACCCACAUUCUUUUAUCUAGCCAUCUUUCGGCUCUGUAUUAUACACCUCACUGAUUUCGAUGGUCUUAAAAUAUGCUGUCAUGGUUAACGUCCUAAUUGUAAGUACGUAUAUGUAUAACUGUUUCUUAUAUCGCAUAUAACCGUCGGUCAAUUUUUGUAGUUUCCGAGUUAUGUGUAAAAAAGCCUCAGCUAAAUUUAAGUUAAGAUUAUAUUACAUUCUGGCGUAAGCACUAUAUUUUUUUAUAUAAGCCAAUCUGCACUUAAUUCAUUGAUGAUAAUAAUUUUGAAUAUAAAUAAAAAAAAUUCAAAGGUAGAAUUAAAUUGAUAUCCAAUCACCAUUAACAAUAAGAUGAAAUAAUAUCUGAUGAAUUGUAUAUGAAAUGCUACAUUUUAUUCUAAUCUUUAGUUAGUUAAACAUGUAAUAAUUAUAGCCGCUAUUAUUGAAAAAUUGUUUACAAAAUACAACAUUUGUAAAUUAAUUUAUUGCGUAACAUACUAUUAAAUAUAUUGUUGUAUAUUUUGAGAAAUAAAGCCGAUCGAUGGUUAUAUAUAUAGGAAAAUGCUACUAAGAAACAACAUAUUUGAAGGUCAUCGAAAUUGACGAGAUAUACUCUAUUUUACAUAAUUACCUGUUACAAAAAAUGUUCCCUUAUUUUGAAACGACAGUGUUGAAAGCAAACAAAAACUUCUUUUGUUAGCUUUCUCUACAGUUCAAAUUAAUGUAAGAAAAAUAAGGAGAAUUAUUUUUUUAACAUUAGUUUUAAUAUGGGAGGGGUCAAUAAUUCAUUCCUAAUUACACAUUUUAAAUUUAUAUAAUAUUUGUAUUAUUUCUAAGCUUAUUUAGAUGUGACAUAUUUCAGAGUAUAAAUUGAACAAAUACAGAGUGCUGUGAGAAUAAUAAUGGGAUCAAGAAAGUAUAAAAUAAUGUAGAAUAAAAAUCUUACUAGUUUAUAGCCAAAGUUCUAUCCUUGAAAACAGAAUGUGGAAAUAUUUGAAUAAAUAAUUUUACUAAUUAUUAAUAUAUCACAUGAAUAUUAGUACAUAUUAGUACAUGAAUAAAAAUUAUUAUACUUUUUGUUUAUAGAUCUCAAUUUUGUAUAAAUACAAUCUUUUCGAUUAUAUUAAUCAUUUUCAAUUUCUACGGAAGUUGAAAAGAUAAAAAUUGAUUUGGAUUAAGUUUUAUUCUAACUAAUAAUUUUUGCUAUCAUAUUUUAUUCAUUAAACUUUAAUAUAAUAUUAUUUUUCUCACUUACACAAUACUUUCUUAAUUUCUUGAUAUGUCAAAUAAAAUUUUUGGGGAUAAUUUUUCUUCUUGCUCAUGGGUACAGUAAACAUAUUCAAAUAAGUUUCAAUAAUAACAUUCCAAGUUCUGUAUUUAUAUUUUUCUCUUGAUUAAGAUUAUUGAAAUAUGCAUAUUGCAUUAAUAAUAUUAUAUUAGUAACAAUCAUACUAGUAGUAAUCAUAGUGAUUUGCAAUAUGUCUUUAUGAGAAUCAGAAAAAUCAUGAUGCUCUGCUGGUUGAAAUUUGUAAUAUAUUAAAUUAAAAAGUAUGAAUAUAUGUAAUUUUAUAUUAAUGUACAUGUAAUUGUGUAUACAUUGAAAAUUAUUUCUUAAAUUUAGACAGAAUGUAUGUUUCAUGAUAUAUAAUGCUCAAAGUUCUGGUCAAAUCUAUCUUUUAUAAUAUUUAAAAAGGCAGAAAAAAUUCUCUUGCUGGUAAAACAUAUUGUGCUAGGUAUAAAAUAAAUUCCAUUAAUGUUUAUGCUUAAUAUAUGUCUUUUGCAUUGAAUGAUUCAAUUUUCAUGAAACUUGAAUGCUUAUAGUAUAGUAUCUAUCUGUGUAUAUGAUUUAAAAACAAAGUCAUUUUUAUUGGGUAAAACAAAACCUGACGAUAUUAACAAAAGUAAUAUCUAGUAUAACAAUACAGUCGAACAAUAACAUGUAUUAGGUUAUACGCAUGGUAGUGAUAAAAUUGUCGCUUUAGUAACGUUAUAAAUUGAAUUUUUGAUUGAUGCGAUACAAAAGAAAAAUGACGUCGUGUAGUCGUGUUGUCAAAUGCGCACAUGUCCAUAUAAACGAAUGCGUCUUUCCAUAAGCAACAAAUUGUCGGUAGUGCACGGGAGCUCUUAAACAAAAUUAUGAUUGAACAGAAUUUAUUUAAUGAUAAUGGAGAUGGAAGAAAAGUUUUAUAUUGAUUUCUGGUUUAUGUUGGCUUUGAUGUCGAAAUAAUGUCCAGCCAGCUGUUUCUUCUCUAAAGCCUCUUACCUAAAGCGAGAGAAUCAUCCUGUAUAAUGAAUAUAUGCACUCAAAAUAAUCUAAAUGAAAAAUUUUGUUUUUUUUAUUAGUUUAUUAAAGCAGUAUUGACAUUUCGUUUUAAACUAUCUAUCAUAUAAUAGUAGUAUUUUAAGUAUUUUACUUUACCUGGUAUGUACAUGUAGACACCAGUAGAAAUAGAAUUGACAUUAACAUAGAAAUUAUAAAAAAUAUAUAUGUAUUUCUUCCCUGAAGAUAUAAAUAAUCUUACUCAGUACAUCUUAGUAGAUAGAUAUAAAAGCUAUAUUUUUAACUUGCUUCAAUUAAUAUACUUAUGUCUUUGUUAAAGGAAAGCAGUUUGCAAUUUUUUGCAAUUUUAUGUCUUUUUUCAUAAAAUGGCUUUAAUUCGUAACGAAAUAGACAAUGCAAAAUAGACUGCAAAAUAGAUAGUACAAUAACAUGCCUUAGGCUUAGAUAUCCUAAAAUUUAACAUAUAAAAUUCCAUAAACGCAGUUCUAUUGCUAUUCAAAAUCUUGCAACAGAGGUUUGAAUUAGUUGACUGUUUUAUUUUUCUUAUAUUUGCUACUUUAGCACUUGACUACUAUCAGAUCCAAUCGUUUUUGAUCAGUCUGUUUGAUUUGGUCUCGUUUCCACAUCUGAAUGUUGCUAAUAUUUUUCUGUCCUUCCACUUUAUCCUCCCUUCUAAGUAUUUUGGUACUUUUCAUUGUAUUGGAAAGACCAGAAUAGAAUUUUUUUUAUUAUUAUCGGUAUCUCAUUCACCAAACAUAGAUUUGACGUUUUAAUUCUGUUAUAGAGACGAACAUGCUACAAUGUAGCAUAAUGGGAAGGAAUGGGACGAUAAUAUUUUGAUUCAUUACACAUUUUAUUGAAAUAAUGAAUACAAAAUAUCUGCUUAUAGAAAAUUUAGCUUAUCAAAUUUUCAAAACAAUUCUUAUUGUUGUAACUAAUUGAAACGAACUAAUUCGGUAACUUUAACAAACAAUCACAAAUCCGAAAUGAAUGAAAAGUAAUUAAUGAUCCAGAGAAAGAGAUAGAUAGAUAGAUAGAUAGAUAGAUAGAUAGAGAGAGAGAGAGAGAGAGAGAGAGAGAGAGAGAGAGAGAGAGAGAGAAAGGAGAUUAAGCCAGCAAAUUUUAUUGCAGAUUGUAAAAAAUUACUCAGCUUUUUUAGCUCUAGAAGAUAAAUACUUUCCAAUGCAAAAUGAUCAGAAACAAUCGUGUUAAAGAAAUAUUUAAUUUUGCAGUUAAUAGUAUUUUAUUUGAAAAAAGGGAAAUAUUUCAUUUUAUUUGAGUGAAGCUUAAAAUAGAAUAAAUAAUCAAAUAGCCUCUAAUAGCCAUGUACAUAAAGUAUUAUAAUCAAACUGAACAAAAAAUAGUUACAAGAAAAGAAGCAGUUAAUUCAAGUUUCCUACAUAACAUGGAGUAUCAGUAGAGUUGUAUUUAUAGGUUUUUAACAUGCGGCUAUUCAAUUUUCGCUAUCUAUAGCCAAAGAGCAUCUUAAGGCAUGUUAAGCCAUUAAAAGAAAGAUUUAAAUAAAAUUAUAUAAUAUUAUUAUAUAAUAUUUUAAUUGUGUAAUAUUUUUGUAAACUGAAGUUUUGUAAUAACUCGCUAUUCCAAUUUAUGAAAAUUCUAUGUCUUUAUUACAUUCCAAAAUCUCCAGUGAUAUAUCGUCAAUAUCCAUUAAUAUUUGCAAGUUCAUUUAAAUGUGUGUACAUAUAUCUAACAAAUAUAUAUUCAUAAAUAUGAUCAGCAUUAAUGACUCCGUCCAAUAAUAUUACAUUGUAAACUAUGAUCGAGGAAAAAUGAAAUUUGUAUUAUGAUAAAAUAUUUAUUCUUUUUUGCAGUUUAACACAUGAAUAUUAUAAUAUUUAAUACCGUAAAGUACUUUCGACUUUCCUUGGGUUGUCAUGCAGCUAAAUUAAUGUCUUUCCAGCUUCAUAGCUAGAUAAUUAAAAGUUUAGUAUCGAAUUAAUGUCGUUAUAUACCUUUUAGUUAUUAUCUGUUUAAGAUGUCUGUUGUUAUGUCAUUGAUCAUCAACUAAACGAAACGGAGCUUCUAAUCGAUUAGCUAAGAAUAACUGAUUAGAAAGCAGAAAAUUAGGUUUCAGCAGUAUCUUGUAUUUGUAUUUAUAUUGUUUAGGUAUAAUAUUAUUUUUGUAAUUCAUUGUAUGAUAUUUGAUUCUAUGAAAGUAUUCCUUCUUGAUAUUUUAGUAUACAGUUUUUUUUUUCGUAACAAUAAAUUUUUGAAUGUUAAAUUAAGAUUUUAAUGCAAUAUGGUACAGGGUGGUCCUCUUGCUAGAGGCCGCGGUGGGAGAAAUUGCCGUUGAUCCAAAAAUAAGAGUGUGAAAAUAAGAAUGAUUUCAAAUGCAUUAUACAUACCCCCAACACAGGCUGUAUCGACAUCCUUGAUGUCCAAACAAUGACCGAUCAACGGUUUCUUCAUAGAGACAUUUAUAAUCUUACUCUGUAUAAUGAAUAGAUAUAUAUGUAUGUAUAUAAUAUAUCAGGAGAAUUUGAAGGAAAAAACAUACAAAUCAGGUGAAAGUUUGUCAGAAUUUCUUUCUUUACAGUAGUCAGAUAUCUAAUCAACUUUGUAUUAAAUACAAUCGUUUAUAUUUGUACAACAUUAUCCGUUUAUAUUUAAUUUACUAUUAAUGUUUACACUAGCAAUGUAUAAAAAUUGUGAUAUAUUGGAAAGAAUUUGAUUGUAUGCAAAUGACACUUAUUCCAAUAUAACAUCGCAUCUUUUCUAUGUAAUAUUUAUAUUAUCCCAAUAUUUUAUGUAAAAAACAAUAUUUGGUUUUAAAGAAGAAAAGUAUACAUACAUAUCUAAAUACAAACAUUCUGAUGUUAUUAAGAAAUAUUGUCUGUUCAUUCUUUCAUUAGAAAAUAUAUUUUCUUUCGAUACGAACAACGAUACUGUUAUUUAUCGCACACAUUAUUCUAUUGUAUUGUAUACGAUACAUAUAUGGAUAUGCAUGAAAGAAAAUAUAAAGCAUCAAUCAUAUUCUUCAUCAAUCUCUUAAUGUAACAAUUAUACAAAUCUGUAAAAUAUUCUUUUUAUAUAUUUUCACAUAUAAUAUUACGUGAUAUACAAUGCAAAAGAAAACAUUAAAAAAGGAUAUUACGGCAUUUUUUAUAAAUCAAUGUACUUCUAAAUAAAUAUCUAUUAGUAGAAAAUAAUGAAACAGCGAAAUUUGUUGUUAAAAAUAUUAAAAAGGAUGGAAAAAGAAAGUUUAUCGCUUUCUUCGAAACCAAAUAAUAAGUCUGUGUUGGUGAAAUUGUGAAUUACAAAAUCUUCUGUUGUGGAAUUUAGCACUUAAAUGCCAUUAAGAAUACUAAAUACUAUACAAAUUAUCAAUAAAUUGAACUUUUUUCUAAAGAUUAGUAAGUCAUGUUCACAUUUUAUGAAAAAGAAAAAAAGAAAUAAUAGUAAUAUUUACAUUUAAGACUACUUAUAAUAUUUAUGAACAUAAAUAUAUGUAGCAUAAGAAUAUAAAAAUUCCAACAUAUGAUAACUGUUUAUUAAUGCGAAUGAUUACAAAAUAAUAUAAAAUUAUAAAACUGUGCAUUAGAAAAUAUUAAAAUACCAAGAGAUCAUGACGAAUUAUAUGAAAAGUAGGAUAUUUUUCUGAAUGGUUCUCGGUGUUUGAUAGACGUGAAAUUUGGUAGAUGUUACAAAGUUUGUGAAAAGACUCAAAUAAUAAAAUCUUCGAGAAAUCAUGCGUUCUGAAGAUACAGGAUCAUAUACAUAUAUUUACAUAUGUAUAAUAGAUGUUCGUUGCUAUUAGGUUGUGCUGGCGACAGUGAUUUAUGUAUAUAAUCCAGAUCAAUGCCGAUAACCCUCUUUAAAAGGAGCUAAUCAGUAUUUUCGCUUAUUGAGCGUUUUUGAGCCUAAUAUAUACGUACAUAUAUUCAUCUCUCAGUCACAUAAAAAUACAUGUACGUAUAUCAUCCAUACUUGCAUUCUUAUAGGUACUAAUUGACGAACAUUGCUUCUAAUAACAGUAAAGAUCUAUCAUACAUAUAAUUUGUAGAAAUGAAUUCUUUCCGGCAAUAAAACAUUUAUUUUACACAAAAAUUGGAAAAAUUGCAUUUCUACACCAAUUACACAUAAAGAUCUGUACUUUCCGAACGCAUGAUUUUUCGAAGCUAAGAUUUUAUAUGUCAAAUCUCUACUAUCUCAUCCAUGUUAUCAACAUGGUAUCAACCAAGUUUCGUCUCGAUUGGCCACUAGGGAUACUUGGCACAAUAGCUGAAAAAUGUUACAUGUAAUAUGUAUCGUUUAUUUCCCUAAGAAUGGAAUGAAAUCUGUAUAAAAUGAAAUACACACAAAAAUUAUAAUGAAGCACAAGAAAAGAAGAUAUUAUAUGAAAUAAUUUAUGUAUCAUCUUUGCACAUUUUCAACAUACAUGAGAAAAAAAACGUAUUUGCAAAAUAUAAAACAUUGUCAUAAUACUAUCUACAUUACUGUAUUGCAUUCAAGGUAUAUUUAUCGUAAAAUUAUAUUUCUUAAUUCAGCAAUUAAAAAUAUACGUUUAAUAGAUUUUAAAUUAUUAGAAGAUUAUCGUUGAAUUUUUUAACAAUUUUGCUUAAUCUUAACCACAUUUUAUUUGUUGUUUUAUACUAGCACUAGCAGAGUAUUUUGAUUAAAUACUUCGCUUAAUAUUAAAAUGACGCUCCUAUUUUCUAAUUUUAUUUUUGCGAGGAGGAAUCUGUAAAAAUUUUCAUGGUAAUUCUAUAAUUAUUAAUUUAUACAUCAUGCAAUCUGUGUUUGGGAAAGAAAAAGUAUUAUUAUACACAAAAUCACAAGUUUUACAUAACACAAGUUUUUGAGUAUACCAUAUUUAUUUCAAUUAUUUACUUUUUCCGCAGUUAUAUGUAUUUAUAGGUCUCUUAUGCAUCAAGAUACCCGUGCAUAGAGCAUAUGCAUCUAAAGUUGAAUAUUAGUAACUUAUUAUAAUAAUAGUUGUAUUAUAUUAAAUUAAUACUGUACUCGUACAAACACAGUUAACACAACUAUUUCAGUUAGUACAAAUAGGAAAAGAAUUAAUACGAAUCGAUACAAAUAUAAAAAAAGACCAAUUUCCUUAAAUAAUAAUUUACGAUUAUAUGAUUUUUAUGUAUUAUUCCAACAUUCCAUUUGUGAUUUAGCUAUAAAAUUUAUGUAUUUAAUAUUGUUAUAAUAUGCGUUUAGAUGUUGAGUACAGAAUUUUUCAAACUUUAGAAUAAAAUACAUAGUUAUUGUAAAAGCAAGCUUUUUCGAAGCGAACAAAUGUAUUAUGAAACUUAUAUGUAUAUGAAAAUAUGCAAUUUUUAGAUGUUCAUUAUUUUUCACUUGGGUCAAAGGAGAAAAGCAUGCUUAAAAAUAAAAACGGAGAAUUGUUUUAUGAAUUCUUCGAGGUUUUAGAAAACAACACUGUUCAGAUAAACUUUGUAUUAAGUGAUAAUUCUUUAUAAUAUACAGUAUACAAGAAGAGUACAAAUUAUAAUAUGUCUAAUACCAUCAUAUGUAAUGACAUUGGCACAAAAUUUCUGCAUCAUUCAAAACGUGUUUGUUUAAUACUUCUAUGUACUAUUGGUUGGCAACUAAAUGAUUGCGGAAUUUGUCUUAACUCAUUCUUUUGUUUUGUCAUCGUGUUCAAAGCACCUAACCUACAUUGUUUUCUUGUUAUUUGGACUUCCACCUUUAAUUUAGUAAAAAAAUUGUAUCGAUUAGUUAUUUAGUUUCAUUUUUAUCCCAAUUUAAAAAUGGAAGAACAAGACGCGCAUUUCAGACAUAUUUUAUUGUAUUAUUUCCGAAAAGGCAAGAUCGCAUCGCAGGCGCACAAGAAGUUACGUGCCGUAUAUGGUAAUGAAGCCUCGAAAGAAAGGCAGUGUCAAAAUUGGUUUGUCAAAUUUCGUUCUGGCGAUUUUUCACUGAAAAAUGCUCAACGAUCUGGCCGUCCAGUUGAAGAUGAGAACCAUAUCAAGGCCAUUAUCGAUUCAGAUCGUCAUAGCACAACGCGUGAGAUUGCAGAGAAGUUCAAUGCAUCGCAUACAUGCAUUCAAAAAAAAUUAAAACAGUUUGGCUAUAUCAAGAAACUCGAUUUAUGGGUUCCUCAUUAGCUUAAGAAAAUUCACUUGAUGCAAUGCACUAGCAUCUGUGAUUCGCUUCUGAAACGCAACGAAAUUGAUCCAUUUCUGAAACGACUGAUUACUGACGACGAAAAGUGGAUAAUUUAUAACAAUGUUAAUCGGAAAAGAUCGUGGGUGAUGCAAGAUGAACCAGCCCAGAUGACACCAAAAGUCGAGAUUCACCAAAAAAAUGUUAUGCUGUUAGUUUGAUGGGAUUAUAAAGGAAUUCUAUACUUGGAACUUUUACCAAGAAAUCAAACGAUUCAUUCAAACGUGUACGUUCAACGUGUUUUCUAGCAUGAUAAUGCAAAGCCCUACACAUAUUUAGUCACUUGUCAAAAAUUAUUGAAAUUAGGUUGGGACGUAUUGUUACAUCUGCCAAAUAGCCCUGACCUUGUGCCUUCAGAUUACCAUUUAUUUCGUUCCACGCAGAACUGCUUAAAUGGUAAAAUUUUUAAUGACGCUGAUGAUGUAAAAUCACAUUUAAUUCAGUUUCUUACUGGCAAAAAUCAGAAGGUUUAUGAACAUGGAAUUAUGGCACUGCUUGAAAGAUGGCAAAAGGUUAUCGACAAAAACGGAUAAUACCUAAUUGAAUAAAGUUAUAUUUUUAAGCAAAAAUUUUGAAUUUACCUUCUUAUUUAAAAUACGCAAUCACCUAGUUGCUAACCAUAGUUACAAUAAUUUUUGGCGAGUGACCAAAGAUGUGUGGGACUUUGCAUUAUCAUGUAGGAAAACAACAUCCUUACCAUUUGCCAAUUCUGGCCGCCUUUAAUGAACUGCAUCACUCAGUUUGGCGAGUUGUUGAACGUACACGUUUGAAUAAAUCGUUUGAUUUCUUGGUAAAAGUUCAAAGCACAGAAUUCCUUUAUAAUCCCACCAAACUGACAGCAUAAUAUUUUUUUGGUGAAUCUCGGCUUUUGGUGUCGUCUGGGCUGGUUCAUCUUGCAUCACCCACGAUCUUUUCCGAUUAACGUUGUUAUAAAUUAUCCACUUUUUGUCGUCAGUAAUCAGUCGUUUCAGAAAUGGAUCAAUUUCGUUGCGUUUCAGAAGCGAAUCGCAGAUGCUAGUGCAUUGCGUCAAGUGAAUUUCCUUAAGCUAAUGAGGAACCCAUAAAUCGAGUUUCUUGACAUAGCCAAGCUGUUUUAAUUUUUUUUGAAUGCAUGUAUGCGAUGCGUUGAACUUCUCUGCAAUCUCACGCGUUGUGCUAUGACGAUCUGAAUCGAUAAUGGCCUUGAUAUGGUUCUCAUCUUCAACUGGACGGCCAGAUCAUUGAGCUUUUUUCAGUGAAAAAUCGCCAGAACGAAAUUUGACAAACCAAUUUUGGCACUGUCUUUCUUUCGAGGCUUCAUUACCACAUAACUUCUUGUGCGCCUGCGAUGCGAUCUUGCCUUUUCGGAAAUAAUACAAUAAAAUAUGUCUGAAAUGCGCGUCUUGUUCUUCCAUUUUUAAAUUGGAAUAAAAACGAAACUAAAUAACUAAUCGAUACAAUUUUUUUACUAAAUUAAAGGUGGAAGUCCAAACAAUAAGAAAACAAUAUAGGUUAGAUGCUAAGACCACCUAUUGUCAAAAUCCGCAAUCACUUAGUUGCCAAUCAUAGUAUUAAUAUCAUUCUACGAAUAUAAUAUUUGUAUCAGUACAUAGGAAAACAAACAAAUUACUUACUAAAUACAUUAUUUUUAAACGAUAUGUAAUAUGCAUAAGUAUACGUGUUGAAAGAAGUCGUGAGAGAGUAUUUUCACUGUAAUAUGUAACAUAUAUUGUAGAUAAGCAAUUGCCAAUAAAUGUUUAUUUUUUAUAUGUAAAUAAAAACAUGUAUUUUGUAUUAAA